AGGUGAUGUUUUGAUCGUAUGACCAGUAAUGGUGUGUACUUAGCUUGCUGAUGUUCAGAGAUUUAUUUAAAUAUUAUAAAAGUAAAGCACCACCGCCAGAUCUGUCAUCAGUAUUACAUAUUGAUGAUGAGUCGGAAAAUAUUAUAAAGAAACAACCUUUACCAUGUUCAAAUGAAUUGGAAAAUCAACUACAGAGUUUAGGUCUAGUACCCUCAUUAAACUGGAAGUUAUAUGGACAUGCAGAGCAUGCUGGUCUUUUCAUUCUCAAGAAUCCUUUUACUGACGAUGGUGCAUAUUCAUGGAUAAAAAGGUGUCUAUCCGAAUAUCCUAGCCAUCCAAACAAAUGUAACCUGCAUAGCCAUAAUCUUCUUUUUCCUAAUGAAAAUUGGUGGGAUGUUUGUCACAAAGAUGCUGAGAGAGGCCUGUUACUAUUUGAUAAAUUAAGAUGGGUUACAUUUGGGUACCACCAUGAUUGGGAUAGUAAGGUUUAUUCUGAUUCUAAUAAAAGUGAAUUCCCAAAAGAGUUGGCUUGCCUAAUCAGUUGCUUAGGACAGGCAAUCGGAGGAUGGGAUGUGAGAGCUGAAGCUGGAAUUCUUAAUAUCUAUCACAUGAACUCAACACUUUCAGGACAUACAGAUCGGUCUGAGCCAAAUCAUACUGCACCACUUUUUUCAAUCAGUUUUGGACAGAGAGCUAUUUUCCUUAUUGGCGGAAGGAAAUUAGAAGAUAAAGCUACACCUAUAAUGCUAGAAAAUGGCGAUAUACUCAUCAUGUCAGGUGAAAGUCGACUUUGCUAUCAUGGUGUGCCAAGAAUUAUACCAACUCCUUGGCCGAAAGGAGACGAAUACAUACAGUUUUUGAGUAGAGCUAGAAUUAAUUUGAAUAUUCGGCAAGUACUAAAUGUUGACCAAACCACUCUGUGACUAUUCUUAAUGCCUUUAAAGUCUGGAAAAGAAAAAUAUAUCUACAUAUAUUUAAAGCAGUUUCUUAUUACAUCGAGAUAGUUUAAUAUGCUAUUAUGUUGUAAUGUAUUUAAUAAAAGUAAAAUAUUUAUUA